AUGUACGAUUCAGCUGCUUACAAUUCUCUUCCUUCGCUGCGAUCUGCUGCGAGUCUCGUUGAUGAUACGGUGCGGGCUCAUCUUACCGGACCAGUGCGCAAAUUAUUUCUUGAGUGUAAUGCCCACGAACAGUACGGUAUUGUGUUGCUGCACAAACAUUUCGCUAUCGCGGACGGUGAACGUCUUGUCGAGUACCGCUCCUCCUCUACGGCCUGGAAAGUCGGUCAUGAACAGACGGAUAUCGUGGCCCAAUAUGAGGGGAAGAUCGUGCCUCGGUCUUACCGAUUAUACAACGGCGCAGCUGUUCCUUAUGAGUUUGGAUACUACCAGGAGGCACCACGCCUCAACAACACAUUCCAGACGAUGGCACUCAAGGUGCUCAAAGAUCUUGGCCUUGAUCAGAUUUUCGGAUUGCGAUGUCUCGACGAGUAUGAUCCCAGUCUCUCGAUCGAAGUGACGGAAGGGAAAACAAACAUCAUGCUGGUUCGAGGCUCUGUUCCGGAAGAUGAGCUCAUUGAAGCCGAACAUUGUUGGCCAAGGAAGGACGGUCAUGUUCAAGACCACAGCUGUGGAUAA